AUGGCGGGCGGUGACGGCGGCAACGAGCCUCCGGCGUGGGGCGUCGUCGGCAAGGUGACCUGCGUGGCGUGGAUACGGCGGAGCGGCGGCGGUGCCAACCGCCUCCUGGUGGUGUACGGGCGCGCCGGCACGGCCUCGUCGCCGCCCAUCCUCGACCUCUUCGCGUUCGACGCCAGGGCGUGCACGCUCGCCUCCGAACCCCUGCUGCGUAUCGCGAUGGGCGAGGAUGAAGACGACGCGCCGCGCGCCAUAGCCGUGCACCCCGGCGGCGCCGAGUUCGUCUGCGCCACCGCCAAAGGCUGCAGGCAGUUCAAGUUGGUCUCUGAAGACUUCAGUAUCAACCUUAUUGCGAUGGAUUCUCCACCUCUCCAAUCAGUUGGGCCUCAGAGAUGUUUGGCAUUCAGUACUGACGGUGCUAAGUUUGCUACUGGUGGUGAGGAUGGACAUCUCAGAAUAUUUCAUUGGCCAAGUCUCAGGUUGCUUUUGGAUGAACCUAAAGCCCAUAAAUCCUUCCGAGACAUGGACAUCAGCUUGGAUUCACUAUUCUUAGCCUCGACAUCCACUGAUGGUUCUGCAAGAAUAUGGAAGAUAGAUGAGGGAGUCCCACUAGUAAAUUUAACUAGAUCAGCGGAUGAGAACAUUGAGUGUUGCUGCUUUUCCAGGAAUGGAAAGAAACCUUUCCUGUUUUGCACACUUGUAAGAGGUAAUGACAUUUUGACUAUGGUUUUGGACAUAACUAACUGGAAGAGAAUUGGAUACAAAAGACUUCUGCGGAAACCUGUUUCCACACUUUCAGUUAGCUUGGAUGGAAAGUAUCUAGCACUGGGAAGCCGCGACGGUGACUGUUGUGUUGUGGAUGUGCAGUCGAUGCAAGUUUCUCACCUCAUCAAGAAGGUUCAUCUUGGGUCCCCAAUUUCCUCUAUUGCGUUCUGCCCUACCGAAAGGAUUGUGAUCUCCACCUCACACCAAUGGGGAGCAGAGGUAACGAAGCUGGACGUCCCUGCCGACUGGAGAGUGUGGCAGAUCUGGCUGCUACUCCUGAGCUUCUUCGCGGCGUGGGCGGUCGUGUUCUACACCUUCUUCAAGCACACAACCCUUUUGUAACCAUCCCCUUCUGGGGAAAAGUGCCCUCGAGUUUUCUGAUCAACUAUUGUCAGAAUCGUGGCACAUACGGCUACAGCGGCAG